GCAACCAAGAUCAAAAUGGCUGACACUACCACCGCUGCAGCAGCCGUCGCUGCCGUCGCUGGCUCGUCGGAUCCCGCGGCUCUGCCGCUCGCCGGACGCGUGGCCAUCGUGACCGGCGCGUCGCGCGGCAUCGGGCGCGCCAUCGCGGCCCACCUCUCCGCCCUCGGCGCGAGCGUGGUGCUGGGCUACGCGUCCAGCGCGGCCGAGGCCGACGCGCUCGCCGCGGAGCUCCCGCGCUCCGUGGCAGUGAAGGCCGACGUGUCCGAGGAGGCCGGCGUUCGGUCCCUCUUCGACGCCGCCGAGUCCGCCUUCGGCUGCGCCGCGCCGCACAUCGUCGUGGCCAACGCCGGCGUGCUGGACGACAAGUACCCGUCCGUCGCCGACACCGCCACGGCGGACUUCGACCGGGUCUUCGCCGUGAACACGCGCGGCGCGUUCCUGUGCCUCCGCGAGGCCGCCAACCGGCUGCCCCGCGGCGGCGGCGGGCGGAUCGUGGCCGUGACGUCGUCCGUGGUCGGGUCGCUCCCGACGGGGUACGCGGCGUACACGGCGUCCAAGGCGGCCGUGGAGGCCAUGGUGCGGACGAUGGCUAAGGAGCUGAAGGGCACGCGCAUCACGGCGAACUGCGUCGCGCCGGGGGCCACGGCCACGGACAUGUUCUUCGCCGGGAAGAGCGAGGAGAUGGUGAGGCGGAACGUGGAAACCAACCCGAUGGAGCGGCUCGGGGAAGCCGGUGACAUCGCGCCCGUGGUCGGGUUCCUCUGCACCGACGCCGCCGAGUGGGUCAACGGCCAGGUCAUCCGGGCCAACGGCGGGUACGUGUGAUGUUCAACUGUUGGCUGCCCCUGCCAUUGGCCAUUUUGGCGGGAGUGAACACUCAUGCUUGCUGUUGCACAAGACUACUCAUCUGCGUCCUUGUUUAUUUAUCUUGGGUCAAUUAAAACUGAACAGAAGGAGUAAUACAAUGGGGUUACUGGUGCU